UUGUUCACGAUGCCGGACACAGUUCGCCAAGUGCCCAUUUCCGACGACCGCUACCGGUGCAGCGGUUCCGGUACGGACAGCUACCCUUCGUCGCCGGCCGUCUCGCCGUCGCACAGCUUCAAACGGUCAAAGUCCACUUUCUACCUGCUGGACAGGCGCACGUCUCCGCCACCGGGCCGCCUGGUGCAGCCGCAGAACGUGACGGCCGGCACGAUACACGGAUACGCGUCAUCGGUCUUCUGGACAGUGGCCAACGCGCUGUUCGGUCUGACGUGGGUGAACGUGCUGCUGGUGCGCGUCCCGUCGCUGUGCCUGUGCCUGUGGGUGCGGUGCGCCUGGAAGUGCGCCAGGGUGCCGUUGGUGGUGUCCAAGCUCGUCUUGCGGCUGUGCACGGCGAGCCCAGCGAACAGGCGCCGGGGCCGGUGCGUCACCGUGCUGAUAAACGGCGGCAGCACCGUGCAGGCGCUGCACUUGGCCAGGAACUUCCACAGGGCCGGCGCCCGGGUGAUCGUGUGCGAGAUCGACGGCCGGCCGGAGCUGAGCUCGUUCUCGGUGGCGGCCCACAGCCAUUACACCGUGCCCGGGCCCAACGAGGACAAUUGCGUGCAGUACGUGGACGCGAUGAGGGCGAUCGUCGAGAAGGAACGCGUGGACGUGUACGUGCCCACCGGCGGCACCGUGUCGGCGUACUACGACGCGGUGGCCAAGCCCCAUCUGGAGCUGCUGGGGUGCCGGUGCUGGACGCCCGGGCUGGACGGCGUCGCUCUGCUCAACGACCUGUCCGAGGUGUUCCGCCUGUGCGAGACGGUCGGUCUGCCGGUGCCCAAGCACCUGCUGGUGUGUUCCAAGGACGACGUCAUCAAGCUGUACGACAACCUGUCGUUCAGGGCCGACCGGCACUUCAUCGUCAACGUGGGCCAGUCCGGAUGCAAGACGGCGUACGGCCUGCAGCUGCCGGCCGCCCGGAAGUCACUGCGACUGCCCGGGCCCGUGUCCGACGAUCACCCGUGGCUGCUGGUCCAGCACUGUCUCGGGUCGUACUACACGACGUGCACCACGGUGCAGGCGGGCCGGGUGGUGUGCAACGUGACGUGCACCGCGCACGACGGCCGGGUGACGGACCGGAACGAGCUGAUCGACGACUGGACCGCGCGGUUCGUGUCCGCCGUCCCGGUGCGGUUCGACGGCUACCUGUCGUUCAGGGUGUGCGUGUCGCCGUCCCGGAAGGUCGUGCCGCUGGGAUGUCACGUCGGCGUUCCCAUCGCGUACGCGUCGUACCUCAGCAACUUCGAGCACGUCGUCAUACACUGUCCGCCGCCGCCGUCUCACGCGCAUCACCGUUCGAACGGCGUUACGGACGCAUCGCACGCGUGUGCCGCCGCGGUACAUCACCGUGAUGCGGAUGAGGCCAACGGCGCCGCGCCGCCGCCGGGCUGCACCGAACUCGUGACCGAAACGACGGACCGGUAUUACGCCACGUCGCUGCUUCGCGAAACGGUCGUCCGGACGAUCACCGUCCAGUCGGUCAAGCGUCUGGUGCGCACGGUGAUCAUGGAACGCGAAAUGGUGUUCGCGUAUUGGGACCCGCUGCCGUUUUUCGCCCACUACAGUCUGCAGAUGAUCGUGGACCGCAUAAACACCGCGCUGGAAGAGACGGCCAUAUUGUCGUCCUCGGCCCAGAAAAACAGAUACACCACGUUUUAAUACGCUGUGCACGGCGGCACGUGUACAAAUUUUGUAAUUUAUUUUUCGCUUUUAUGUGGGUGUUCGGUAGAGGUCCAAUAUAAUAUAAUACAUACGAUCAUGUGUUGCCUAUAUGUUGUGCCGGACAACUAUCUAAUAUUUAUCAAAAUCCGUUGAGCUGAUAUUUAAUAACAUAUUUUAUUAUAAUAUUAUUGUGAUCUAUAAUAUAACUCGUAUGACAUCCACUGCUAAAGUCACUCAAUCUUUAGUCAUUUGUCAGGUCAAAAAUCGUGGCUAUACAAUAUUUUUUUCGACAAAAGAACAGGUAGAUUCUUUGAGUGUACCCAUCACUCGACAAUCUGCUGUCGUCUGUGUCGAGUUGAAAAACCGAUUUUCGUGGAUGAGCAAUGAUAUAUACUCUUUCGUUGUACAGAGAACGCACAAAUUAAAUAAUCCACAAUGAAAUCAAACGUAAUACUUAAUCCACAAACAAAAUAAUAGGUAGAUAAUAUUAUAGAAUAUACCUAACACUUCAUAAUUCGAAACACGAAUUAUAGUUAUUAGUUAUUACUAUUAAUACUAUUAUUACUUAUUAGUUAUUAUUAAUCAUGUCCGACAUUAGAUCAAUUUUUACCCCGUUUUUAUAAUUUAUAAAGCAAUGAAACCAUAAAAAACAUUUAAGUAUAAGAAGAUAUAUUUUUUUAUAGAUUGUAAAUUGGACCGCUACUUAACAUACCUACACAUACACAUAUAAAUACGUGCAAUAACACGAUAUAAUUUAUAGUUGUAUUGAAAUAUGUUGACGUUUUGCAGGUAUAUUAUGUAAUGUAAUAUUUGUUAUGUAUAUUAUAAAUUAUAAUAUUAGUUUACUUCAAAGAAUUGAAAA